GACAGAUGUGAGCAGGCACUGAUUAUUCCUGGCAACACGGAAACGAACAUCUGGACAGAUCGAGUUUGCGACUAUCAUUCUCCAAUUUCUGCGCCGACCCCAUGACUGCAAUGUGUCCGACGUUCCCUGCCGACCUUAGGUGAUCUUGAAUCCUCUAUCUGGUCCAUAAUCCUCCUUUCCGCGCCCGGCCAAAUGUCUGGCGUCGAGGGUGAGCCGCCGCCGAUCGAUGCCAACCCGGACCACGACUUACGAUCAGAACCUCUCUCGGAAGACGAGGCCGAGACUACUGUGCCCGAACAUGAAGCGGAUUCCACUGACGAGGCUGGCUACGAUGAGCCGUCGAAUCAUGGGGUAACAAUAACUAUCGAGGAUGCGGAUGCUGAAGAUGGUUUACCGGAAGAGGACACGGGCGAGGUUGUCUCCGAAGGCGAUAUCUCGGUGGUGAUAGAGUCUCAGCAGGACUCUGACAAGGGUACCGAACCUAGGGAAGAGGUGGAAGAGGCUCCGCAGACUGAUGCUCCCGAGAAUGCGCCCACCGAUGCUGUGGUUGUCAACUCGACAGAGGUGGAGGAGCGCCCGAACCAGCACCAGGAUGAGCCAGAGCCUAAAGAGAUCCCAGCUGCAGCUGCUUCGGAGGAUCAUCCAGAUAUGCCAGGGCGAAGGCCUACCAUGACAGCAACACGCCCUGUGCAGGUGAAUUCCUCCGUCUUCGUUGUCAGUGCUCUAGAAACGAUCGGAGCAGCCAAGGAAGUCCGCAAGAAUAAGGAAUUUGCAGAUGCUGUCCAGGCUGCUCUGUCGAAUAUCAAGAACACGGAACAGGCAGUCAAUCCAGAAAUCAUAUUCCGCCCAUUGCAAAUGGCAACCAAAUCGUUCACCAUACCUCUGCAGGUGACGGCAUUGGAUUGUAUCGGAAAGUUGAUCAGCUAUUCAUAUUUUGCAUUUCCAGUUGUCGCAACAAACCAAGCCGGUUCAGCAGACACUCCACCUCUGAUUGAAAGGGCGAUUGAGGCGAUUUGCGACUGCUUCGAAAACGAAGCCACUGCCGUGGAAAUUCAGCAACAGAUUAUCAAGUCAUUGCUCGCAGCCGUCCUAGACGACAAGAUCGUCGUGCACGGCGCGGGUCUUCUGAAAGCCGUCCGCCAAAUUUACAAUAUUUUCAUAUAUUCCAAAUCGAGCCAAAAUCAACAAGUUGCCCAAGGGUCUUUGCUUCAGAUGAUUGCCACAGUUUUCGAAAGGGUCAGAGUGCGAUUGGACUUGAAGGAGGCACGCCUAAGAGAGUCCAACGAUGCGAAGACGGACGAAGGGUUGACUGCGGAGACAUCCAUACUGGGCAACGGAGGCGUGAACGGCAUGAAUGGACAAGUGGACACCCCGGACCAUGAGACUCCUCCCCAGCUCGCGGAUGGGCUGGCUCCUGGCCAGGAAAAACUGACUCUGCAAAGCUUCGAAAACAACAAGAACCUCGACGAUGCGAUUGUCGCGGACAGCGCUCCAACAACAGUCACACGCGCCAGACGGGAGCGCAAAAACACUCGCACUAGUUCCGCGCCAGUAUCUCGAUCCAGCUUGCAAGAAGACCGCGACGAGACGGAACUAUCUCCGGAAGACGAAGACGAUGUCUACAUCAAAGAUGCCUUCUUGGUGUUUCGGUCGCUUUGCAAACUCAGCCAGAAAGUCUUGAGCUACGAUCAGCAGCAGGAUCUGCGGAGUCAAAACAUGCGCUCCAAGCUCUUGUCCUUACAUUUGAUUUAUCAUGUCAUCAACAACUAUACGACAGUCUUCACGUCUUCAUUCUCGAAUAUCAAGAGUGGCGGCAAUGCUGAGCCUACACCAUUCUUGCAAGUUGCCAAACCUCACUUGUGCCUCAGUCUUUCUAGGAAUGCGGCGAGCUCGGUUCCCCGGGUUUAUGAAGUGUGUUGCGAAAUAUUCUGGCUUUCGCUGAAACAUAUGCGCGUCCUACUGAAAAAGGAGCUUGAGGUUUUCUUAAAAGAAGUUUAUCUUGCUGUAUUGGAACGGCGCAAUGCACCACUUUUCCAGAAACAAAUGUUCAUGGACGUUUUGGAAAGACUCUCGGGAGAUCCUCGUGCUCUAGUUGAGAUCUACCUCAAUUACGACUGCGACCGGACGGCGCUGGACAACAUGUACCAAGAAAUAAUUGAACACCUAUCUCGGAUCUGCAGCACACCCGUUGCAGUCACUCCUAUCCAGCAACACCAAUACCAAGAACAACAGACAAAACCAUCGACCCCCGUCUCUGAGUGGCAUUCACGAGGCGCAUUACUACCCGGACUGUCGACAGCCAGUUUGAGCCAGCAUCCACCUCCACCGCCGCCGAUACCGAUUGAGUAUUCUCUGAAGCAGCAAUCAUUGCGUUGUCUGGUCGAAAUCCUUCACUCGCUCGAUAAUUGGUCUAGUCAAGGCAGCCCAGAACAGGUCAAUGGAUCUCGAUAUCCGGCAUCGAGAGGCUCGUACGAGGACUCAAGGGAGUCACUGGACUAUAGCGAAAAGCCACCUCCGUCGCCUCGCGUUCCAGGCAUAGGUAGCGAAUCAGGAAUCUCCACGCCAGUGGUAGAAGAUGAUCCGACUGAAGUCGAGAAAGUGAGAAUGCGCAAAUUUGCUCUGAACGAGGCGAUCCGACAAUUCAACUUCAAGCCGAAACGAGGAAUCAAAGCUCUCUUGGCUGAAGGAUUCAUUCGCAGUGAUAGCCCACACGAUAUUGCCAAGUUCUUGUAUGCAAAUGACAGACUGGACAAAGCCAUGCUAGGAGAAUACCUCGGCGAAGGCGACGAAAAGAAUAUCGCCAUCAUGCAUGCUUUUGUGGACAUGAUGGACUUUGGCAAGAGGCGUUUUGUUGACGCCCUAAGGCAGUUCCUGCAAAGUUUUCGCCUUCCUGGAGAAGCGCAGAAGAUCGAUCGGUUCAUGCUCAAGUUCGCGGAGCGAUACCUCAGUGGCAAUCCAAACGCAUUUGCGAAUGCCGACACUGCUUAUGUACUAGCAUAUUCGGUCAUCAUGUUAAACACUGAUCAACAUAGUUCAAAGCUGAAAGGUGCCAGAAUGACUGUAGAAGAUUUCAUCAAGAACAACAGGGGAAUCAACGACGGUCAGGAUUUGCCCGCGGACUAUCUAAGCGGCAUCUUCGAGGAAAUAUCCAACAGCGAAAUCGUCCUGGAUUCUGAGCGGGAACACGCUGCCGAGUUGGGGAUUGCUACUGUUACGAGUGCGGGCUUCGCAUCAAGGGCAGGUCAAGCGCUGGCCAACGUCGGCCGAGACUUGCAAAAGGAGAAGUACACCCAGGCGUCUGAGGAAAUGGCAAACAAGACGGAACAGUUAUAUCGAAGUCUCAUCAGGGCACAGAAGCGUUCCGCAGUCCGGGAGGCGUUGUCACGAUUCAUUCCAGCGACCUCAAUCAAGCAUGUUGGGCCCAUGUUCAACGUGACAUGGAUGUCAUUCCUGUCGGCCUUUUCCAGUCAGAUGCAGGACGCGCAAAACCUCGAUCUUAUCAGGCAGUGCCUGGAAGGCUUAAGGUUGGCUAUCAGAAUAGCCUGCAGGUUUGACUUGGAGACACCCAGAGUUGCAUUUGUCACGGCGCUUGCCAAGUUCACGAACCUGGGUAACCUCAAAGAAAUGAUGGCAAAGAACUUGGAGGCGUUGAAGGUGCUCAUUGAAGUUGCUCUGACCGAAGGCGAUCUCUUGAAAUCCUCUUGGCGGGAGGUGUUGAUGUGCAUCAGUCAGCUCGACAGACUGCAGCUUCUUUCGACCGGAAUUGAUGAAGGGGUCAUCCCAGAUGUCACAAGGGCCCACAUUUCCACACCCUCAGCUACCCCUAGGGACGGUGCAAGGAGCCGUCGGUCAAUGCAAGCUUCCAAACGACCGAGGCCGAGAUCUGCGCAUAGCUUCCGGCCAGAGGUUGCAGAUGAGACCAAGUCUACAGAUAUGGUCCGAGGAGUAGACAGGAUAUUCACCAACACUGCCAAGCUCUCGUCUGAGGCAAUUGUCGACUUCGUCCAGGCAUUGAGCGAUGUCAGUUGGCAAGAGAUUCAAUCCUCGGGCAACAGCGAAUCUCCGCGCAUGUACAGUCUUCAAAAACUAGUGGAAAUCAGCUAUUACAACAUGACAAGAGUCAGGAUAGAAUGGACCCGGAUCUGGGAAGUGCUUGGGGAACACUUCAACCAGGUUGGCUGCCACAACAACACCGCUGUGGUGUUCUUUGCCCUGGAUUCGCUCCGCCAGCUCUCGAUGAGGUUCAUGGAAAUCGAAGAGUUGCCGGGGUUCAAAUUCCAAAAAGACUUCCUGAAGCCAUUUGAGCACGUGAUGGCGAACAGCACCGUUGUUACCGUCAAGGACAUGGUCUUGAGAUGUCUGAUCCAGAUGAUCCAAGCUCGUGGGGACAACAUCAGGUCGGGCUGGAAGACCAUGUUUGGCGUCUUCUCAGUUGCUGCCAGAGAACAAUAUGAAGCAAUUGUCAACAUUGCUUUUGACUAUACCAACCAGAUCUACAAUACCCGAUUCGGCGUGGUCAUUUCGCAAGGCUCAUUUCCAGACCUGGUUGUCUGUCUGACCGAGUUCUCCAAAAACCUCAAGUUCCAGAAGAAAUCAUUACAAGCGAUUGAAUUGCUGAAAUCAACGGUACCGAAGAUGCUAAAGACUCCAGAAUGCCCACUCUCAAGACGUCAUGGCAAGGUUCCCGGUUCCGAGGAGUCUGGCGUGGUGGCAGGUGUCAAGCAACCUACUUCGCAAACCGAGGAGGAACAGUUCUGGUACCCGGUCCUGAUCGCUUACCAGGACGUGUUGAUGACGGGUGAGGAUCUUGAAGUCCGGUCCAGAGCCCUCACCUAUCUAUUUGAAACUCUUAUCAGAUACGGUGGUGAUUUCCCUACCGAGUUCUGGGAUGUCCUUUGGCGACAAUUACUGUACCCAAUAUUUGUCGUUUUGCAAAGCAAGUCGGAGAUGUCGAAAGCCCCCAAUCACGAGGAACUGUCAGUGUGGUUGUCGACGACAAUGAUUCAAGCCCUUCGGAACAUGAUCACACUCUUCACGCAUUACUUUGACUCGCUAGAGCAUAUGCUUGAUCGCUUCCUGGAUCUUCUUACAUUGUGUAUUUGUCAGGAAAAUGACACUAUAGCCCGCAUAGGGAGCAACUGCCUCCAGCAACUAAUCCUCCAGAACGUUACCAAAUUCUCGCCCGAGCAUUGGUCGAGAAUUGUGUCUGCAUUCGUGGAGCUCUUCAACAGGACGACAGCCUAUGAACUGUUCUCGGCCGCAGCAACAAUGUCCGACGCUCGACCUUCACCAGGCCAUGAUGGGUCCGAAGGCCUAUCUAUCUCUGGAACCACGAUUGUCGAGACCCCGACAACUAAUGGCGCCCCCAUGUCCUUCCACGGCGCAACUCCUUCCUUGGAAUCGCAAUCAAGCUCGGCCGCCCCUCUCCCUGAAAUCCCUCAGACUCAGAGCACCCAGGAGUUGGAGGACUAUCGCCCGCAUUCAGACAUGCAAGCACCCGCACCGGUGGUGACUGCUGCGCGCCGACGCUUCUUUAACAAGAUCAUCACAAAUUGUGUUCUGCAGCUACUUAUGAUCGAGACCGUCGCAGAACUGUUCUCGAAUGAUUCGGUCUAUGCCCAAAUACCCUCAGCCGAGCUUCUGCGCCUGAUGGCACUCCUGAAGAAGUCGUAUCAAUUCGCCAAGAAGUUCAAUGGUGACAAAGAGCUGCGCAUGGCUCUUUGGAGACAAGGAUUCAUGCGACAACCGCCGAAUUUGCUGAAGCAAGAAUCCGGAUCGGCGAAUACAUAUGUGAGCAUCUUGCUCCGUAUGUAUCAUGACGAAGGGGAAGAGCGGAGGUCAAGUCGCGAUCAAACCGAAGGCGCUCUGAUUCCACUGUGCGCCGACAUCAUCCGCUCCUUCAUUCUCCUCGACGAAGAAACCCAACAACGAAACAUCGUCGCAUGGAGGCCCGUCGUCAUUGAUGUCCUGGAGGGCUACACGAACUUCCCCAAGGAGAGUUUUGAGAAGCACCUCGACACAUUCUACCCGCUUGCCGUGGGCCUGUUGGAAAAAGAAAUCGGCUCCGAUCUGCGCAACGCGCUGUGGGGCAUGUUCCGCCGCGUGGGGGAGGUCAAGUUUGGCAUGCCUGAACUGGUGCUCAUGAGAGGGAGGGAUGGCAGCAUGAGCUCGACGAGGAAUGGCAGUGUUGGCGCCGCGCCGACCAGUCCGAGCCAGUCGAGUCGGGGAUUUGAGUUCUCACAAAGUGGCGGCAGGAGGGGGAGUCGGGUGAGCAGGACGGGGCCGGCAUGAAGAAAGAGAAAAGGAAGCAGCAGGCAGGCAGAUAUUUAUGCCUAUGCCGUGGUGUGCUUGCUUGCUUGCUUGCUUUCAGAGAUGUUUUUAGACUUGCGGUCAGGUCAAGCUGCAUUCUCUGGCAUGCAUUCCCUCCGACGGACCCGUGGUGUCAGUCCCGGACAAUGACCACACCAGUCCAGAUCAGACCACACGGGAACCAACACGAGCGGUCUCCCUAUUCCGCCCCAGUGUAACAAAGGAAAAAAUGGAUGUCAUGUUCUUUGUCUUGCAUAGCGUCCUACCUACUCUCUAUCUAUGUACGAUCUCCGGCUCCAUUGGUGGCGAAUGAUUGUUUGGUCCCAUCAACACAGACGGCAGCCGCCUUGUGCUCAUAUAGAGGGAGAGAAGCGGGCAGCGCGGCAUGUAGGGAAAUCUAUGCAAUGAAAUCAAGGAAUUCAAGCGGUCAGACGCCCUGGG